AGUCCACCCCUCCCGCUCCGCCGCAGCUGCAGGGCUUCCAGGAGGCCAAGCAUUAACCACCUCCGAGCGCCAAGACACCCAUCUCGUCCUCCCCCCGCCUCCCCCGCCAGCUUCCUCCUACUCUUCUUCCUCUCCCUCUCUCUUAGGGAGGUGAAUCUGGUGCUUGUCUCAGUCAGCGCCACAGACAAGCUCUGCAUACCCCAGCCGAGAACCCGCGAGCGAAUCCCCUGAGACCAGAGGACCUUUGGCGGUGGCUCUUUCUAAUCUUACUGUGCCUGAAGUGGGGUCGCGGAGGAGUUUCUUCUCCACCUCUCAAUGCAAACACUAUGCGGAGAGCAGUCAGCUUCCCCGCGCUGUGCCUGCUUCUUAAUCUUCACGCUGCAGGGUGCUUUUCAAGAAAUAACGAUCAGCUUUUGGCGAUUCAUCAGAAGAAGAGUGGGAAGCCAGUAUUCAUUUACCACCAUUCACAAGGUAUUGAGAAGAGCCUGGAUACAGCCCCUCAAAAGAUGUAUAAACAUAGCUACCGUUUUUCUUCUCAAGCUCAAAUAAGCAAACACCACCAAAUUGUUAAUUCAGCAUUUCCUAGACCUGCAUAUGACCCAUCUCUCAAUCUGUUGGCCAUGGGUGGUCAAGAUCUUGAAGUGGAAAACCUUCCAAUCCCAGCAGCAAAUAUAAUUGUGGUGACACUUCAAAUGGAUGUAAACAAGCUGAAUAUAACCUUGCUUCAAAUAUUCCGCCAAGGAGUGGCCGCAGCCUUAGGACUCUUACCUCAACAAGUACACAUCAACCGCCUCCUUGGAAAGAAGAACAGUGUUGAACUAUUUGUGUCUCCUGUAAACGGAAAGACAGGAAUUUCUAAUGUUCUGCCAUCUGAAGAAGUGCUACGUUCACUUAAUAUCAAUGUUUUGCAUCAACGUUUAUCCCAAUUUGGAAUUACAGAAGUCUCCUCUGAGAAAAAUGUUUUACAAGGACAGCAUGAAGCGGACAAAAUCUGGAGCAAAGAAGGAUUUUAUGCUGUUGUCAUUUUUCUCAGCAUCUUUGUUAUUAUAGUAACAUGUUUGAUGAUUCUCUAUAGAUUAAAAGAAAAAUUUCAGCUUUCCUUGAGACAAGAUAAAGAGAAAAAUCAGGAGAUCCACUUAUCACCCAUCGUGUUACAGACCACACAGUCCGAGGCAAAGACAGUGAACAGCAUGGUCCAGCCUGAGCAGGCCCCCAAGGUGCUGAAUGUUGUCGUGGACCCUCAAGGCCGAUGCACUCCUGAGAUCAAAGCUGCCACCUCUGCGUGUCCUUCGCCUUUCAAGAUGAAGCCCAUAGGACUUCAGGAGAGACGAGGUUCCAAUGUAUCCCUUACAUUGGACAUGAGUAGCCUGGGGAAUGUUGAACCCUUUGUGGCUAUACCAACCCCACGGGAGAAGGUAACAAUGGAGUAUCUACAGUCAGCCAGCCGGAUUCUCACAAGGUCACAGCUGAGAGACGUCGUGACAAGUUCACACUUACUCCAAAGUGAAUUCAUGGAAAUACCGAUGAACUUUGUGGAUCCCAAAGAAAUUGACAUUCCACGGCAUGGAACUAAAAAUCGCUAUAAGACUAUUUUGCCGAAUCCCCUCAGCCGAGUGUGUUUAAGGCCAAAAAAUGUAACUGAUUCUUUGAGCACCUACAUUAAUGCUAAUUAUAUUAGGGGCUACAGUGGGGAGGAGAAAGCAUUCAUUGCUACUCAGGGCCCCAUGAUCAACACCGUGAAUGAUUUCUGGCAGAUGGUUUGGCAGGAAGACAGCCCUGUGAUUGUGAUGAUCACAAAGCUCAAAGAAAAAAAUGAGAAAUGUGUGCUAUACUGGCCUGAAAAGAGAGGGAUAUAUGGGAAAGUUGAGGUUCUAGUUAUCAGUGUGAAAGAAUGUGAUAACUACACAGUUCGGAACCUGGUCUUAAAGCAAGGAAGUCACACCCAGCAUGUGAAGCAUUACUGGUACACUUCAUGGCCUGAUCACAAGACUCCUGACAGUGCCCAGCCCCUUCUACAGCUCAUGCUGGAUGUAGAAGAAGACAGACUUGCUUCUGUGGGCCGAGGGCCUGUGGUUGUCCACUGCAGCGCAGGGAUAGGUAGAACCGGAUGUUUCAUUGCUACAUCCAUUGGCUGUCGACAGUUGAAAGAAGAAGGAGUUGUUGAUACACUAAGCAUCGUCUGCCAGCUUCGUGUAGACAGGGGUGGAAUGGUCCAAACCAGUGAGCAGUAUGAAUUUGUGCAUCAUGCUCUGUGCCUAUACGAGAGCAGACUUUCAGCAGAAACUGUCCAGUGAUAGACUGAAGACGUACAUGACCAUCAAUCUCUUAGGGUGAUUAAUCAAAUCACUCACCUGAGGCUUCUAGAAGGCGCUUUGUCCAAUGUAAGGAAAGAGAAGCUCUGAAGCCAAUCUGUGGCAUGGAUCGUGGAAGACUUGGCAACAUAUUAAAGAUUGCCAACCCUUUGUGUAUAUGAAUGCAUUUGUAAGCAUCCCCUAAAUUAUUUGAAAGUCCUAUGCUGAUGGAUGUAUGAUAGAUUUUUCACACAUCCUAAGGUGGAGUUUGUUUUGUCUGUAUUGACUAUCUGCCACACAGAAUGUAUGUUUGUAACACUCAGUGAUACAUGUUGUCAGAUGACGACUUGAAGAGCAACUGAAGAAAUUAUUAUUGUGCGUUUAGAUGCUUUAACGUUUGCAAAAUCUGUGUUGUGAAUGGACUGCCAGCUGUUAAACUGUUCCUGUUUUAAGUGCUAUUACCUUUCUCAUUACCAGAAUCUUGCUGCUAAAGUUGCAGGUGAUUGAUAAUGGAUUUUUAACAAAUAAGUCCUUGUUUUUGAAAAAAAUAAAACACAAAAGCAGUAACUAUUUUAUAUGGACAUGUGUCUUGAUAAUAUUGCCUAUUAAGUGUGUAUUUAUAGUACCUCCUAUCAAUCAAUUACAGAGCACAAUGAUUGUCAUUCAGUAUAUAUGUAUUUACUCUCUAUUACUGGGCAUAGAGGUGGCUUCUGCUCCAGAACUCUAUCCAGUGUAUUUCUACAUCGUGAGUCGUUUUACUUUAAAAAGGAAAAAACAAAUUUGUAGCAACUAUGAACUAUCAAGAAUUUUAAAUACGUGUCCGUCUUUUACUAAGAGGGAAAUUUUGAAUAUGCUGUCUACCUGGAACCUCUCUUCCAAUAAAAGGCAGAUGUCUUUGGGAAUGAUACAACCUGUCCCGUUUCCAGAGGUUCUUCAAAAGGACGUUGCCGUCUAUAUCCUUAAAUUUCUGAAAGGUUUUAAUCUUCAAGAGACAAAAGAGUUAAAAUACCCAACAAGCACUAGGUGUUGAGCUCAAAUACCAAUUUUUAAUGCAGCAAUGUUGACUUUGUUUCAUACUGCCAAUAAACUACUCUUAAUACUAAAUAUUGA